GGCGCAUGGAGGCGUGGACCGAGCGCGACCAAGACCUGCUGCAGCAAUGCGUCUUUGAGUACGCGUACGACUUUGAGCUCGCGGCUGCAGCGCUUUGCGCGCGUCUGCCCAAGGCGCGCCGGCUGGCCUUGAGCCAGGAAGCCCCGAUCAACGCGGCCACGUGCGCGGCCAAGUGGCAGGAGCUCGAGCGCUACGCCGACGGAGCGGACGAAGAUGACGACGAUGACGACAAUGACGACAAUGAUGCGGUGUCUAGUGUUGUCAAGGAAAUUGCGCCAAGUCCGUUGCUGCGCCUCGAGCUGCCGCUCAGCGAAACUGAUCUGGAUGCGCUUCUGAGCGACAUCAUUGUCCCACUGCCGACGACCAACAGUGAAAUGCAGUGGGUGCUCUCGUACCUCGAUGAUCCGACCAACGUCAUGAGCACACACGACGACGAAGACAUGGCUGCGUUUGACGCCGAAUAUGCUUCGUACAAGGAUCAUGCGGAUCAAGACGCGUACUUGGCGAGCUUGGACCACGCAUUUGCUCGUAGCCGCCUCAAGAGCCAGAGCAACCGCAGCAUGGACAACAUUAUGGUGUCACCUCCAACGCCCAGCGAUGCGACUACGACAGAGCUCCGAUCGGCGUCCUUGCCGCCACCGACUGUCGUGGCCUCUCCGUUGCGGCCACCGCCACCACCGCCGGUCGUCGCCGCACGAGCCCUGGGCCAAAGCGAUGGCGUGGCAUCCACACCCGCCUUGCCGAUCGUACAGACGGAGCAGCGCUUGUCACCUCCACGCAGCCCUUUCGAGGACGAAGGCGCAGUGUCAAGCUCCGAGUCCGAUACCGACGACGAGUGGCAGCGCGCCCGGCAGUCCAUGAAGCGUCGUGCAGCGCCACUCGAUGCACCGCCGUCCAUAGCAUCCCAUGUCCAUUUCUCAAAAUCGCCGGACAACGACCGUGAGGAUGGCCAGGCGAUGGACGAAAACGAGCAGUGCGACCGAGCGCUCAUGAAGCAGUGGAAGCUAGAGCUUCAGCAAGACGACGUACUGCAACAGCAGAUCCACGUCGCCGAGCGAACAAGGCGUCGCCUCGAGUUUGCAGCGCUCCUGCAGUCGACAGCGACGUCCACCACGUCCCAUGACGAAGCAGGCACAGGCUUUACCCUCGCGCCCCGAAACCCGUUCGAGCUCAGCACGACAAACCUGCCGUCGGAAGAGCCAGAGGUGAACGUGUGCGCCUCGGUGCCGUGCGAGCCGACGGAAGACGUACCAGCGACCGUGGCCGUCGCACCUGCCGCCACCGUUCCGAGAGAGGCGCCCCGUACACUUGCGGGGCCGAGUACAUUGGACGUCAAGCGUCGCAUUGAAGAGAGCAUUGCGGCCAGCGACCUGUGCGAGCCACUCUACCACCGCCAGCUCUCGCACGGCGCGUUCAUUCCGAUGCUACCGCCACCCUACUGGGAAGCUUUCUUCGCGUACGCGUCCCAGAGCGACGACAGCAUUGCCUUGGACAAUGUGCACGUCCUUGUCUGCGGCCUCGAGACCCAUGAUGCGCUAUUUGCGCCGAUGCUAUCGCACUUGCUCCAGCUCGAGUCGAUGUUUCCGUCCACAGCGCUCUUGGGGCUUGUGAAAACAGUGGCCUCGGACCCUCCAAGCACGCUUUCCUUCCUGUCGCCAAGGCCAGGGCAGGCGAAAGCGCGUCGCGUGCUGUACGUUGCCAUCUCGACGCCAGACCUCGCGACGAUCACCGCGUCACCGGUGCCGGGUACCAAGGAGUGCUUGGCAGCGUGCUGGGACAUCGUCUUGCCGACUACGACGGCGCAUCCGAUCCACCUCUUCACACGGCUCCCCGCCUUUCAAGUGUAUUCCUUCGCGCUUUGCGACGACGACACGCCACGCAUUGCUCCCGAGACGACUGUCGCCGUGCUCGCCGGACCAGCGUUCCGGGGCCUCGUCGACUUUUUCGCGCUGCCAGAUGUCGACGUUGUCGGCUGCAAGCUCUGCUUUGACGCGCGUUUCGAGUCCAACUUGGCCGUGCCGUCGGACGUCGCCGCCGCCAAAGUGCAUCUCGUGCUGGCACUGCGCGGUCACACUGCGGUGGCCACGCUUCGUGACGCAGCGUUCCCGUAUCGCCAUGACGUGUACGUCUCCCACGGCGCUCUCCAGGCAAAGCGCGAUGUUGUGCAUUGGCUGGGCGGUCGUGUCGUAACGACGCAUGCGACGCCGCUCCCAACGCAUUUACCCCGCCCCCGACCGCUCAAUUCGAUCGUGCUCAUGCCCGAGACGCGCGUGGCGGUGACGUGGCCGUUGACGCUGCCGCCGUCAUCGCUGGGUGCAGCCAUAGAUGCGGUCGCUCGGUGCGGCUACACGCUCACAGGGCUCCAUCGAUGCGGUGCUGGCUGCGUCACCGUGGUGGCCUUCAAGGAGCACGGAGCGAUCCAUGCACCAAGCUUGCAGCAAACACUGCACGAAAGUACGGGUCUCGAUGUACCGGUGCUGGUUUCACCAGACGAGGUGGCCGCGUAUGCGACCAAGUUGACGCUGCCGUUGCCAAAACCAACGCCGCCACCGCUCGUGGCCGACUACCACCGAGAGCAGACGUUGCUGGCAGUACUUCCUCCGGAGGUGUUUGCACACGCAGGUACUGCGUCGCUGGAGCUGCCCCCGCUUGGCGCUGCCCUCAGAACCCUCUUGGCCAACGCCGAGACGUGGCACUUGCUCGGCCUCAAGCUCGUGACGACAUCGCCCGCCAUGGCCACCGUCCUGACCAAAGACGCGUCGUGUCGUCAAGGGCGGUUGCUCUUCGUGGUGCUUCGACAACUGCUGUCCGACGGCAGCAUCAAGAAAGCCCUUGGGGCCUCCCUGCCGCACAUUUGGCUGUACACCUCGCCGGCUAUCGUCCAUGGACUCGUGCACCAGCUCUUUGCGCCCUCCGAGCUGCACCAAACGACGCUGUCGCCGUUGGAUUUGUGCUACCCGCCGUAUGCGCUACCGUUCUUCCUGCACGAAAAGCCGACCCCGCUGGUGUCGCUCGUGCUGGUCAAGCCACACGCGCCAACGUCGCUACUGCCCGUGCUCCUCCGACGCCUCGCUCGGGACGGCUUUGUGCUGCUGGACGUGCACAUGACGACACUCUUGUCCCACCAAGCCCGUGCUUUUGCGACCGACGACGGCCACGUGGCCUAUCUCACGUCGGCGCCAAGCGUGGUGUGCGCCGUGCGUCGACUGCACGCAGUCGCGCGCCUCCAAGAGCUCGUUGGCCCUGCCGACCCGGAGGACGCAAAGCGGGUAGCGCGGCACUCGCUUAUCGCUGGCUACGGCGUCGACGCACUGCACAACGCACUGUACACGCCAGCGACAUACGAAGCUGCUCGAAGCGAUUUUGGCCUGCUCUAUCGAGACAUCCUGUCGGAUGCCUUAUACGACGACCUCACGAGACAGCGUCGCCCACCCGCGCUGCAGUGGCGGCUCGCCAACGAGAGCUCGUGCGUGGUCGAGAUGACACCCAAGACACUGGUCGAGACGACGCUCGUGCUCUUGCUCGGCCCGCUCGUGGACGCGGCGGGAGGUAUUCUUCCGUGGCUUCUUGACGACGCCGGCUUUCGUCUUGUGAACAUUCAGCUCGGGCCGGCACUGCGCAGUCAUGCCCACCACUUGUACUGGGCGUCGCAGCUUCCUUCGGCUGCGCUCGAGAUGCCGUUUAUGGCCUUGGCCAUGGAGCGGGAUAACGCCGUGUCGCGGAUGCUGGCGCUCCUCGAAAAGCAAGCGCUGGCCAAGUACCUUUCGCCGAGCACGGAGCACGACAGCGAUGGCCUCUUUGCUUGCUCCAAGACCUCCAAGACCGCACUGCAGGAGCUUCCGCAGUUCUUUCACGAGCUGCACAACAGUGUACACAAGAUGCGCACGCUAUAGUCUGAUAUGUCAACUUUGGCUCGCUCUGUUGGACAA